CCGCUGCCCUCGGGCCGGGCUGGGUCGAGCUGCGAUGCCCUCGGACUUCAUCUCAUUGCUCAGCGCGGACCUAGACCUGGAAUCGCCCAAGUCCCUGUACUCGCGAGAUUCUCUGAAGUUACACCCAUCACAGAAUUUUCAUAGAGCUGGACUAUUGGAAGAAUCUGUCUAUGAUCUUCUCCCAAAGGAGUUACAGUUACCUCCACCUAGAGAAACAUCUGUAGCAUCAAUGAGUCAGACAAGCGGUGGUGAGGCAGGCUCGCCUCCUCCAGCUGUAGUUGCUGCUGAUGCUUCUUCAGCUCCCUCCUCUUCCUCCAUGGGCGGUGCUUGCAGCUCCUUUACCACCUCUUCCAGCCCUACCAUUUAUUCUACCUCAGUCACCGACAGCAAGGCUAUGCAAGUGGAGAGCUGCUCCUCAGCCGUGGGGGUAAGUAACAGAGGGGUAAGUGAAAAGCAGUUAACCGGUAACACAGUUCAGCAGCAUCCAUCAACCCCGAAGAGGCACACAGUUUUGUACAUCUCACCACCACCUGAGGACUUGCUGGAUAACAGUCGGAUGUCCUGCCAGGAUGAGGGGUGUGGAUUGGAAUCUGAGCAGAGCUGCAGUAUGUGGAUGGAGGAUUCCCCCUCCAACUUCAGUAACAUGAGCACCAGUUCCUACAAUGAUAACACUGAGGUACCUCGUAAAUCACGAAAACGAAAUCCAAAGCAGAGGCCGGGGGUCAAACGACGAGAUUGUGAAGAAUCUAAUAUGGAUAUAUUUGAUGCCGACAGUGCCAAAGCACCUCACUAUGUGCUUUCUCAGCUUACCACGGACAACAAAGGCAACUCAAAAGCUGGAAAUGGAACAUUAGACAACCAAAAGGGAACUGGAGUAAAGAAGAGUCCUAUGUUGUGUGGACAGUAUCCGGUUAAAAGUGAGGGGAAGGAGCUGAAGAUAGUGGUACAGCCUGAAACCCAACACCGAGCCCGGUACCUAACAGAGGGCAGCCGAGGCUCUGUAAAAGAUAGAACACAGCAAGGCUUUCCGACAGUGAAGCUGGAAGGUCAUAAUGAACCAGUAGUGUUGCAGGUAUUUGUGGGCAAUGAUUCUGGUCGAGUAAAACCACAUGGAUUCUAUCAGGCCUGUAGAGUAACUGGGCGAAAUACAACUCCCUGCAAAGAAGUGGACAUUGAAGGUACCACUGUUAUAGAAGUUGGUCUUGAUCCUAGCAACAACAUGACACUGGCGGUGGACUGUGUAGGAAUAUUGAAGCUGAGAAAUGCCGAUGUUGAAGCCAGAAUUGGAAUUGCUGGUUCUAAGAAAAAGAGCACUCGUGCCAGAUUGGUUUUUCGAGUUAAUAUCACAAGGAAGGAUGGCUCUACUCUGACAUUGCAGACACCCUCUUCCCCCAUUUUAUGCACUCAGCCAGCAGGAGUUCCUGAGAUCUUAAAGAAAAGCUUGCAUAGCUGUUCAGUGAAAGGAGAGGAAGAAGUGUUCUUAAUUGGGAAGAACUUUCUGAAAGGAACAAAAGUUAUUUUCCAGGAAAACGUUUCUGACGAAAACUCUUGGAAAUCAGAAGCUGAAAUUGACAUGGAAUUGUUCCAUCAGAACCAUCUUAUUGUGAAGGUUCCUCCAUAUCAUGACCAACAUAUAACUUUGCCUGUAUCAGUGGGAAUAUAUGUUGUGACUAAUGCUGGAAGAUCUCAUGAUGUUCAGCCAUUUACUUACACUCCAGAUCCAGCAGCUGGUGCUUUGAAUGUAAAUGUGAAAAAGGAGAUAUCUAGUCCAGCAAGACCUUGCUCUUUUGAAGAAGCCAUGAAAGCAAUGAAAACAACUGGAUGUAACGUAGAUAAGGUAACUAUUCUUCCUAAUGCCCUGAUCACUCCACUCAUAUCAAGCAGUAUGAUUAAGACUGAAGAUGUUACUCCAAUGGAAGUAACAUCAGAGAAAAGAUCUUCCCCAAUUUUUCAGACUACAAAGACAAUUGGAUCAACCCAGCAAACUUUAGAAACUAUUUCUAACAUAGCGGGAAAUGCAUCCUUUUCGUCACCGUCAUCCUCCCACUUACCUCCUGAAAAUGAAAAUCAGCAGCAGCUUCAGCCCAAGGCAUACAACCCAGAGACCCUGACAACUAUCCAAACACAAGACAUCUCACAGCCUGGGACUUUCCCAGCAGUUUCUGCUUCUAGUCAGCUGCCCAGCAGUGAUGCACUUCUGCAGCAGGCAGCACCGUUUCAGACAAGAGAAGCUCAGUCCAGAGACACAAUACAGUCAGACACAGUGGUUAACUUGUCACAGUUGACUGAGGCAUCACAGCAGCAGCAGUCCCCACUACAAGAACAAGCACAGACGUUACAGCAGCAGAUACCAUCAAAUAUUUUUCCAUCGCCAAAUAGUGUGAGCCAGCUCCAGAGCACGAUUCAGCAGCUGCAAGCGGGAAGUUUCACAGGCAGCAGUGCUGGUGGUACCAGUGGAAGUGUUGACUUGGUCCAGCAGGUUUUAGAGGCACAACAACAGUUAUCAUCUGUUCUGUUUUCUACUCCAGAUGGUAAUGAGAAUGUUCAAGAACAGCUUAAUGCAGACAUUUUCCAAGUCAGUCAAAUUCAAAGUAGUGUAAGCCCUGGAAUGUUUUCCUCGACAGAGUCUACAGUUCACACCAGACCAGAUAACUUACUACCUGGGAGGGCUGACAGUGUCCAUCAACAGACUGAAAAUACACUGUCUAAUCAGCAGCAGCAGCAGCAGCAGCAGCAGCAAGUGAUGGAGUCAUCCGCUGCAAUGGUGAUGGAGAUGCAGCAGAGCAUUUGCCAAGCAGCAGCCCAGAUUCAGUCAGAAUUAUUUCCUUCAGCUGCUUCAGCAAAUGGAAGCCUUCAGCAGUCUCCAGUUUACCAGCAGUCUUCUCACAUGAUGAGUGCACUGCCUACCAAUGAGGACAUGCAAAUGCAGUGUGAGUUGUUCUCUUCUCCCCCUGCAGUUUCUGGAAAUGAAACUUCCACAACCACCACACCGCAGGUUGCAACCUCUGGCUCUACUAUGUUUCAGACACCAAGUUCUGGAGAUGGAGAAGAAACUGGAGCGCAAGCAAAACAGAUUCAGAGCAGUGUCUUCCAAACAAUGGUCCAAAUGCAGCACAGUGGGGACAGCCAACCUCAAGUAAACCUCUUUUCAUCUACAAAAAAUAUAAUGAGUGUUCAGAAUAAUGGUACCCAGCAGCAAGGGACUAGCUUGUUCCAGCAAGGGAGCGAGAUGAUGUCGCUUCAGUCUGGGAACUUUUUGCAGCAGUCUUCUCAUUCACAGGCUCAGCUCUUUCAUCCUCAAAAUCCUAUUGCUGAUGCUCAGAACCUUUCCCAGGAAACUCAAGGCUCAAUUUUUCAUAGUCCAAAUCCUAUUGUCCACAGUCAGCCGUCCACAGCAUCCUCUGAACAACUGCAGCCUUCAAUGUUUCACUCUCAGAAUACCAUCACUGUAUUACAGGGCUCUUCAGUUCCUCAAGACCAGCAAUCACCCAACAUAUUUCUUUCCCAAAGUUCUAUCAAUAAUCUUCAGACUAACACAGUAGCCCAAGAAGAGCAGAUUUCAUUUUUUGCAGCACAGAACUCAAUCUCUCCACUUCAGUCAACAUCAAACACUGAGCAGCAAGCUGCUUUUCAACAGCAGCCUCCAAUCUCGCACAUCCAGACCCCUAUUCUUUCCCAGGAACAGGCACAACCCUCUCAGCAAGGUUUAUUUCAGCCUCAGGUGGCCCUUGGCUCCCUUCCUCCUAAUCCAAUGCCGCAAAACCAACAAGGCCCAAUUUUCCAAACACAGCGCCCAAUAGUUGGCAUGCAGAGUAACUCUCCAUCCCAGGAGCAGCAACAGCAGCAACAACAGCAGCAGCAACAGCAACAGCAGCAGCAACAACAGAGCAUUUUAUUCAGUAAUCAGAAUGCCAUGGCUACAAUGGCCUCCCAGAAGCAGCCACCACCAAACAUGAUAUUUAGCCCAAACCAGACCCCGAUGGCUAGUCAGGAGCAACAGAACCAGUCAAUUUUUCACCAGCAAAGUAAUAUGGCCCCAAUGGACCAAGAGCAGCAACCCAUGCAAUUUCAGAAUCAGCCUACUGUUUCCUCACUUCAGAACCCAGGUCCUACGCAGUCUGAGUCACCACAGACCUCCUUGUUUCAUAGCUCUCCUCAGAUCCAGUUGGUUCAAGGGUCACCUAGUUCUCAAGAGCAGCAAGUAACCCUCUUCCUCUCUCCAGCAUCCAUGUCUGCAUUGCAAACCAGUAUAAGCCAACCAGAUAUGCAGCAGUCUCCUCUUUAUUCCCCGCAGAGCAACAUCCCUGGAAUCCAAGGAAGCACUUCUUCACCCCAGCCACAGGCUACUCUAUUUCACAACACUACAGGAGGCACAAUAAACCAACUACAAAAUUCUCCUGGCUCAUCCCAGCAGACUUCAGGAAUGUUCUUAUUUGGCAUUCAAAAUAAUUGUAGUCAGCUUUUAACAUCUGGACCAGCUACAUUGCCAGAUCAGCUGAUGGCCAUAAAUCAGCCAGGCCAACCACAAAAUGAGGGCCAAUCUUCUGUGACACUUCUUUCUCAGCAAAUGCCAGAGACUUCCCCACUGGCCUCCUCUGUGAAUAGCAGUCAGAACAUGGAAAAGAUUGAUUUGCUUGUUUCAUUGCAAAGCCAAGGGAACAAUUUAACCGGCUCCUUUUAGUGAGAUAUAAAUUCCAUGAAGUAAGUUAUGGUGAUUCCGAGAUGUCCUGGGAGCUUGUAGUUCCAUGAAGAUUAUUGAACUAUUAUGAAGAACUAUGUUUGAGUAAAUGGAUAGAUUUCCCAGCUGUAAGAAUGUGCUGCCUGUUGCAGUGAUUUGCCACCAAUGUGCUUUUUGUUUCUAGUAACAGUGAUGACUGAGAGACUGUUUGAUUUUCCAGCUGACAGAAUUGUUGCUUUUGUCCUCCGUUUUUAAAUGCAAGGCUGGGCCUCUCAGUUAUUACUGCUAUUAGGAAAUCAUAUUUGUCAUGUUUACUUACAUUCUUACUUCCUUUCCUGCAUUAUUUUAGUCAAGUAGUGGCUUAGGACAAAGUAAAGUUCAGUAAUGACUAAGGCUGUGCUUUUGUUGAUGUCAAAAAAACAUGGCUGUUGGCCAUAGUGAAGGAGUUUCUUUCAAUUGUCAUGGAGGAACUAAAGGAGUAAUUUACUGAAAAGAAGCUGUAUUAAGAACUCUGCAGAUACGAGGACUCCUCCUCCUCACACACACACAAGCAGAUGAUGUGCUUACAAAAUGGGCACAGCUGGUGUCUUACUGAGCUCAGUUUUCAGAGAGUUGUUAGUAUUUCUACUAAGGGAUUUAGCCAUAACUGCAUAAAAAUAUUUUGUUCUAUGAAAAUGAAGGGGGUAAUAUAUGACGUGUUACGUUCUCAUAUUCUCCUCCAGUAGCUUAAACUGACAGUACUUUGAGCCUGUUUUCUUCUUACCUAGCGCUAGGCUAGUAUUCCCUUCUUAUGUGCAUCACCUGUACUGUUGUCCGCAUUCUGUCUUUGUAGUUUUAUUACUAUUCUACUGGCUUUAUGACCCUGUAGUAAUUAGAGAAGGCAGCCAAGUUGAUCCAGUGACCUGGCAGUCAGCAGCACAGGGCCAGGAAUACUCCUUUAGGAGUUAAUUGGGAUUUGAUUCCUGGGAAAAAUCAGUUCUCUGUUUGUUUUGUUU